GAGUGAGGAACAACACUUCACAGCCUGGCUACUUAUUGUCAAUUUAUCACGCUCCAUGUUCCUUCCUUUAUGCUACGUCUAUAUAUAUCCCCAACUCAAUCUCCUUAUUCCUCCAACAAACAAAAACACAAACACCACUUACUUAACUUCUACUACUCACUCUUCUUACUCCUUCAACAAACACAAACACCACUUACUACUAUCUUUUUUAGUGUAUUUCAUUGACAUAAAUUAGGCCAUUUUGAGAUUUAUCUUUAUUUUAGACACAUGGAUAUUUUUAAGCAUUUCUCAUACCCACAAUAUCUAGUGGGGUAUGAUAUCUGGUCAUCUGAGUCAGAGAGUGACAGUGCUCGCAUGAUGAAAUUGUCGAACGAGGAGGUUAUGUUGGCUUCCAAGACUCCUAAGAAACAAGCUGGAAGAAAAAAGUUUAAGGAGACAAGACACCCAGUAUACCGUGGAGUGAGGAGGAAAAACUCAAAGAAAUGGGUUUGUGAAGUGCGUGAGCCCAAUAAGAAGUCAAGGAUUUGGCUUGGGACUUUCCCCACGGUUGAAAUGGCAGCACGUGCACAUGAUGUGGCGGCAAUGGCCCUUCGCGGCCACUCUGCAUGUCUUAAUUUUGCCGAUUCAACGUGGAGGUUGCCAAUGCCAGCAUCAGUAGAGGCAAAGGAUAUUCAGCGGGCUGCAGUCGAGGCGGCCGAGAUGUUUAGGCCGACGGAGCUAGACAAGGCAUCCGGGGAUGAAUUGAGGCCAAUGGGGAAAAAUGCGAUGUCGGUCGCAACUACAGUAGAAGCGACGGAGACAGAGGCGAAAGGUGUGUUUUUUAUCGAUGAGGAGGCGGUUUUUGGCAUGCCGAGGUUGUUGGAAAAUAUGGCAGAAGGGAUGUUGUUGCCUCCACCUCAUUAUUAUGGUGGAGAUGACAUGGAAACUGAUACUGACGUGUCAUUAUGGAGUUACUCAAUUUGAUUGUUUGAGUUUGCUUUAGCAUAUUGAUUAUAGAAGAGUCUAAAUUUGAUAAGGAUGUGGUGUAAAUCAUAUCUUACCACAUUAAUUUUUUUUACUUAAAAUUCAAUACAUGUUACUACAAACAAUAACAAUCUAUUAUAUCAUAUUUCACAAAUUGAAUAGGAUAUUAAAUGGGUUGUUAUAAUGUGAAAAUUAUAUUCAAUUUUUUUGUAAAUGAUGAUGUGACAUUCUCUUAUUGGUAAAUGUAAACCAAGGAUUUACAACCCAUCCUUAUAGAAUUUAAAUUGAUUAUAGAAUGGUUGCUUAUUAGGAA